AUAACCGUAUCCAUCACGGAAAUGCUUCAACGUUAUCUGUACGCGAUGCGUUUGUUGUAAGAAUAUCCGUCCGGACACACCUUGCAUCGGUUGCAUCACCUGCACGAUUAUGUAGAUGUCGUACGCUUAUCGCGUCACAACGACCUAUGCACACCACCGUAGAGAUACUAGAAACCAGAUACCGAUCAUAGUAUUGGCGAACUGCUUCAGCGGCACCGACGUGUUAGUACGUCGUCGAACGUCGCGAUCCGUUCGGUUGAUUGGGCGACGUAUCGUCCCUGUGAGUACACCGACGGUUUUUCCCGGAACCAGUGAGCUGCGCGAAUGCCCAUGCCAACCGUCUGGGAAUCGUUCUACGACUAGGACGUUUCGAGUGGCGCGAGUGCACUCGAUCGAGAGUCGUUCUCCAACACGUCAAAACGCCCCGUCUGGAUCAAGGACAAAUCAUGAGGAACAAAAAAGACCUUCAUCUUGCGACAUGCAUGGAAGAGUUGCAGAUCAAGACCAAAGUGCCUGAUAAGUUAAAGAAUUUGAAAUUGCAUGUAUUAAAUCAAAAAGCCAAAAUCAUAUUUGAUGCGGCUAUGGAGGCAAACAAUGAAAAUGAUGAAGAAACUGUGUAUAUUUAUCUAAUGAAGUAUUGUGAAAUAGUUCAAAUCAUGAAAAAUAAUUUUAUAGACGAUACAGACUACAUAGUUAAAAUGAAUAGUAGUAGUUUAAGAAAAUCAAUGCAAAUGUUGAGCCAUGUUAAAAUGAGUUUGGAAAAUAGGUAUAAAGAAAAAAGAGAACAAGAAGAUAAUAAUCCAAAAAUAUAUUCAAAGCAAAAUGGCUCACAUUCAAAUGAGAAAAAAAAACUUUUUGAGUUUGAAAGUACAAUAACUAAUGAAAACCUAUUAUUUCUACUGAAUAAUACAAACAGAGAAAAGAUUUGUUUACUUGAUACAAGACCAGCAGAUAUUUUUCAUAAAUUCAAAAUUAUUGCCUGUGAUGUAAUAAAUAUACCAAAAGAAAACUUAGUUCCUGGAUUAACAGCUGAAAUGUUAACGAAAACUAUAAAAGAACCAUUUAGAGAAAAAUGGAUGAUGAGACAUAAAUAUGAUUAUAUUGUAAUACUAGAUCAAGGAACAGAAGAUAUAGAGGAUGAUCCAAAAUUGAUUAAUCUUAGAAAUGCAUUACUUAAAUGGGAUAUAACACGAAAUAAUAGCAAAAAAGUAAAGUUUCUCAAAGGUGGUUAUGAAGAUUUUAAUCAUGUAUGUCCAUGGGAAACUACUCAACAUCAAACAAUAAAAUCAAAUAUGGAUGUUGAACCUCUUUCAGUUACUGAAUUAGAUCCAGAACCUGAAUAUGAGGAACCUGAAAACAAACAAGUUCAAUAUCCAUCUUUGGAUGGUUUACAUAAUAUGACCAAAUACAGACUAAAACCAACUGUUAAUAAUGAUUUACCAGAUAAUAAAUCUAAGUUAAAUCAUAUUAAUAAUUAUUCUAGUGAAGAAGAACUAGAUACUCAAGAAUUAGCGCAAAUUGAACCACCAAUGUUUGACAGAUCUACUAAACCACAUGACAAAAUUAAUCAAUUUACUAAGCCUGAAAUUAUCAAACCUUUAUAUAAAAUAAAUGAUGAAUUAGAUGAUGAAAAUAAUGAAUUACCAUAUCAUAUCGAAGAAGUAGAAAAUAGAAGAUUAUCAUUAGAAAAUAAUAUUUUAGAAGAUAAUGAUUCUUACACUCCUGAAUAUAUAAAUCAGACAAGAAAUUCACAUUCAAUUCCUCUUAUAGAUCGUUCUACUAAACCAUUAGAUGAUUUAUUAAUUGUUUCAAGAACGGAGAUUACGAGUGGAGAUGGAUUACGGGGCUUACUAAAUUUAGGAAAUACAUGUUACAUGAAUUCAAUUCUUCAAUGCUUGAGUAGCACUGAAGAUCUUGUUAAAUACUUCAUAAAUAUUUAUAGUAAAUCCAUCAAUUAUAAAAGUAUAACAAAAGGCUUAGUUGCCAAAGAAUUUAGUAAUGUCAUUAAAAAUUUAUGGUUACAAUCUGACAGGAGUUUUCAGUGUCAGAAAUUUAAGGAUACAAUUGGAGAUUUCAAAGAAAUGUUUAAACAUUAUGAUCAACAAGAUUCACAUGAAUUUUUAACAAUUCUUUUAGAUUGGCUUCAUGAUGAUUUAAAUCAACCUGAAGACAAUAGAAUUAUUUUAGGAGCUUCAAAGGAAACAGGUGAAGAAGAUUGGGGACAUUGGACUAAGGCAAAUAAUUCUAUCAUUCAACAACUUUUUUAUGGCCAGCAAAAAUCAACAGUAUCUUGUGAUACAUGUUCUGAAAAAUCAGUAACUUUUGAACCAUUUUCAAGUCUCAGUCUACCAUUACCAUCAGAGGGGAAAAAAUGUACACUUUCCGAUUGUCUACAGUUAUACUUGAAUGGUGAAUCAAUAUGUGGUUGGCAUUGUCCUAAAUGUAAACGUACUAGAGAUGCUACCAAAAAAUUAGAUAUUAUGAGAUUGCCACCAUAUUUAAUUAUACAUCUAAAAAGAUUUUCAAGCAAUGGUUAUAAAAAAAAUUCAGAUGUUGAAUUUCCUAAAACUGACCUAGAUAUGUCAAACUUCAUAAAUGGUAUAGAACACAGAAAUCGGAAGUAUUAUUUAUAUGGUGUAUCAAACCAUUCUGGAUCUCUCGAUGGUGGACAUUACACUGCUAAUUGUCUUAAAAAAUCAAAAAACAAAUGGUAUAAAUUUGAUGAUGUUCGGGUGUAUGGAAUUGAUCCUUCAAUGAUUUGUUCUUCUGAAGCAUACAUUUUAUUUUACUGUCGAAAACAUUAAUUAUUAAAAAUUAAAAAUGGUUUACGUAAA